AUGGGAUGGUACGAGCCGCCGAACAAAAGAGGCACCUGGGACAUCAUAAUUUCUUGCAUCCUGACAUUGACCAUCUGCGUUUGGUCGGCUCUGCAUCUUAACUUGCCCACCGAGGAUUCGAAGCUCACAGAAAGGAAUUACAGACGAGCGCGAUGGAUUGUUUUGGGCUUGUUCGCGCCUGAACUGGUGGUGUCGACUGCAUUCGGCCAGUUUCUGACGGCCAGGUGGCUAAGUCGAGAGAUUCGGAAAGACGUUCAAUAUCGCAAGGAGCAUGGUACCGAUCCAGCCUGGUCCUCAGAACAGCAGCUACAAGAAUGGAGCAUAACGCAGUGCUAUUACGCGGUCAUGGGUGGCAUUCGCCUCCAGACUAACAGCGAAAUUAUCCCAACUCAUGGUCGACUUUCAUUAACAGCAGAAGGCGUGCGCAUGCUGUCGUUCCUAGGUCGCCUUCCUGAAAUUGACGAAGGCCAGAUCGAAGAUAAGAGCAAGGCUGACGGACUCGCGAAGUUUUUGGUAGUACUCCAGGCAGGCUGGAUGAUUAUACAGACCCUCGCUCGGGUUCACCAAAAGCUUCCCGUAACCCUGCUCGAAAUCAACACUAUGGGGCACGUCGUAUGUGCCUUUGCUCUUUAUGGACUCUGGUGGAGUAAGCCGCUCGAUAUCAAAGAUCCGACAAUCGUUGUCAACGAGGAUUGGCAAGACCGACUUGUGUCUUUGAUGUGGAUGUGCAGUCCAAUCUGCUGGCACGACGAUGAUUUUAUUAGCGAGGUCCGUUGCCUACAGUACACACCACCCUCCGAAAGAAACGCGCCGAGCAGAUCACCGUCAGUCAACAUCGAAGAGAAUGCGAUCAAUACGCCAAGUUCGCCGAUCGAGCAAAAGCCACAAAAGACACAUUUCUCCGUAGGCUCUAUUGGCGCGCAAGAUCCAAUCAAAUUUAUCGGACCAUUAGAGCAGUUUCAACAGGGUACUGAUGGGAAAGCAAUGGACCACAACGUUGGCUAUGUAGUCCAUGGGAAGAAGUCGUUCAAGAUGGCUCGAGAACACGCCAUCUUCUUCCAGCUUCAGAAGCCACAUCAUAGCCUGCAUCAUUCCGCAGUCUACUGUCGACGCGCUCUCAGAGAUUGCGACUUUCACGAAGAGCUUUCCUGUGCAGCUAUCAGGCGCUGGGAACUGGCCUGUCUUGCAGUUGACGAUCUCUGGAGUGCCUGCGAAAGGCGCCCUGAAUUCCUGGAAUACUUCUUCACCUUGUCCACUCUCGGCUCGAAAACCAAAGAUGACUCGGUUAUGGCGACGAAGUUCGUUGGCGAACUCGCAUACGUCGCCGAUCACGUCCCGAAUUUCCCUGGUUUAGGCUAUCUCGGCUCUGUCAACGUUCAUCGGGACGCUCUGAAAUCCGUGGUCGCUUUCGCUGGUGCCGCGUACGGAGGCCUGCAUCUCGCGGCCUGGAACGACUUCUUUCCUACCGUAGCAGAGAGGUGGCUCUGGAUGGCUUGCGCUCUGGCAACGGGGGCCUCGGGCGUUUUGCUCGCCUUGUUCUUCCUUGCAUCGCAGAAGGUGAAAGCUUUCGAAUAUCUCGAGCACUUCAUCCGAAACAGUAAGGCUAUCAAAUGGACUAGCGCGUCAAUUGUCACGCCGUUGUUUCUUACAGCGCGGAUAUUCAUCGUGGUGGAGGCGUUCAUCAGUUUACGACGGCAGCCUGAGAACAUAUACAAGACACCGGAGUGGAGCGAAUAUUUUCCGCAUCUGUGA